UUCUGACUCGAACUGCGCAACAAAUAUUUAAGUAGAGUGAGGCUGGUCCAUAGACCACCACUUGCAGACCAUGUUGACCGUCGUGACAUCCGACGAUGUGCGCUUUGCUCUGGAAGAUGAUGUUGCCGUACAAGCAGGAUUGCUGCGGGACUUCGCAACCAACGAUGACCCUACUAGAGAAGACAUUCCCUUACAAGCUGUGACCUCUGAUGUGUUUCGAAAGGUUCUUGAGUAUUGCGAGCACUAUCGCGGGCAGGCAUCGCUCCCACUCACUCCAGACCAAGCGUGGAAUGACUCGUACGCCGGCGGUUUGGAACACGACAUGCUCUUUCGCGUGAUCCGAGCCGCGAAAUACCUCGAAAUCGUCCCUCUACAGGAUAUGUGUUGCCGACAAGUUGCGAAGAUGAUCAUUGGAAAGACGCCAGAAGAGAUCCAGGUUUUGUUCAACCUCCCCGUACAGAGAAUGAAGACCCAGAAUGCUCAGGUUGGGCGAUCAUGAGAAUUCAGAUAGCUCUGUGGUUCUUCAUGCAGUUCGCGCCUGACAUGGCUUUUCUGAGCUGUCGUGGUCGUAUGAGUCCCAUGGAUUGCGUAGUCGAACGCCUAAUGGCUGGUCAACUCCAACCCAUCGUCGUAUGUUUAUCUUGCCUAUGUCCCAGCCUAUGCAUGCGUUUCGUGACUAU